AUGAUGAACAUUUUAGCUUUGAGUUUGUUCAUAACUUCACUCACAACCGCAAGCAUUUUCUCUCCAAAUCCAAACCCAAACCAAAAACAACAACAACCGAACACAAUCAUCAAAGAAGGACACAGAGUUGUCGUUGUUGAAUAUGAUCAAGAUGGUCACCAAAACACCAAAAUCUCAAUCUCACCCGAACAAGAUUUCACAAACAUCGAUUCAAGUUUCAUAGAAAACACCAAAGACAGAAUCAAAGAAACCGCUUCUGUUCUUCCUAACAUCGGUCAAGGAAUCUCUCAAACUCAAGAUUCAUCCUCUUCACAUUAUAAUCUCCACACUCCUAACGCUAGAGAUGCAAAAGAGCUUAUUUGUGACGCAUAUGGAAAAUGCAAACAAAAAAUCUCAAACGCAAUGGAGAAAGCAAAAGACAAAACUUCCGAAACAAUUGACAAAAAGAAAAGCCUCGACAACGAUGUCGUCGAGGCCUUCGAUAAGGCCAAAGAGAGAGUUUAUGACAAAGCAAACGAGGCCAAAGAGAGAGUUUAUGACAAAGCAAACGAGGCCAAAGAUAGAGUUUAUGACAAAGCAAACGAUGUUCAAGAAUACACAAGAGAUUCAUUGGAAAAAGCGAAGGAAACGGGACAAACGUUUAAGGAACAUGUUGUUAGGAACGUGACAGAGGCGAAAGAUGGAGUGAAGAAGUUUGCGUCUUUGUCUUUAGAAAGAAUUGAAUCUGCGAUGAGGGUUGCUAAUUUGUUGGGAUUUGCGAGUGGUUAUGGAAUGUGUGUUUGGAUAACUUUUGUUUCAAGUUAUGUUUUGUCUAGGGUUAUGCCUAGACAACAGUUUGCUGUGGUGCAGAGUAAGAUUUAUCCGGUUUAUUUUAGGGCUAUGGUUUAUUGUUUAGGAGUUGCUUUGUUGGGUCAUGUUCUUGGAGGUGGAAUUAGACAUGGUAAGAGUGGUGGAGUAUUCCAAAGUUGGAACCUUUUGGGUUCUCUUUUGGCUGUUCUUGUUAAUUCUCUUUACUUGGAGCCUCGAGCCACUAAGCUAAUGUUUGAAAGGAUGAAAAUGGAGAAAGAAGAAGGAAGAGGAAGAGAAGAUAUAACAUCAGUUGAACGAAACAGAACAGAAGAGCAUCUAAGUUCACCUGAUCCUAAAAAAUCAUAUGCAACUACAACUACCAAUCGUGUUACAGAAGAAACAGAAUCUCCCUCACAAAGAAAAGAUUACGAGGUUGUAAGAACAAAGAUAAUGAAGCUGAAUAACAAGUUGAAGAAGUUGAAUUCAUAUUCAUCGUUUCUGAACAUCCUCAAUCUCAUGUCUCUUACUUGGCAUCUGGUUUAUUUGGCUCAAAAUGUUCACCAAAUUUGCUAA